AUGCCUCCUCCACCAGUCGCCAAACCAUCCCCAUCGCAAGCCGACUAUAUGGUCGGUUGGAUUUGCAUCAUCCCCGAAGAGUAUUAUGCAGCCCUGGCAGUCCUGGACGAGCAAUACGACUCGAGCCAUAUUGUCCCUGGCCAGGGCGACCGGACGUCGUAUGUUUUGGGCCGCAUGGGAGAGCAUGCGGUGGUCAUCAAUGUCCCGGCAGCGACUCACUACGGCGAACUCCACGCGAGCACGACUGCCAAAAACAUGAAGAGUACAUUUGCGCGGAUCCGAUUUGUCCUCCUCGUGGGAAUCGGCGGGGGUAUACCUUUAGGGCGUGAUCUCCGCUUGGGCGACGUGGUUCUGGGGACUCGUGUGAUCCCUUAUGCGUUCGGCAAAGAAACGGACUAUGGCUUUGUGCGAACCGGCCAGAUCUUGAGUCCCCCGCAGACCCUGUUAACGGCGAUCACCGGUCUGGAGGGUCGUCGGAGAUCCAGGGCAAUCGAUCUUUCUCGACGGAUCGAGAGUAUCGGUGACAGAUAUGGGAGCGGGCAAAGCGACUAUACCCGGCCAAGCGAGGACCGACUCUAUGAAUUAAAAUACCAACAUGAAGGGAGAGAUUGCGACUGCCUGAAGCCUAAAGCGGAGCUGAUUAGUAAAAUGCAUCCACGCGAGCAGCGACGGGGUGACCUCGUUCGGAUACAUCAAGGCAACAUCGGAACGGCAAGCGUGGUGAUGAAGAAUGCAGACGUGCGUGACAGGCUUGCAAGGCAGGAGAACCUGGUUUGCUUUGAGAUGGAGGCAACUGGGGUCAUGUCAAACGUCGCUUGUCUCCCCAUUCGGGGAGUUUCCGACUAUGCGGAUGGACAUAAGAACGAUGCCUGGCAGCCGUACGCUGCGCUAGCUGCAGCCGUAUGUGCCAAGGAGCUUUUGGCGGCGAUGUCCCCAAAGCAUAUUAUUUACUCGCCGCUGGAGCUGGAUGGCCUGGAGUUGGAAAACUAUGUGACGGGCGCGAUCGCCAGCCCUUCCCGUCAUGGCGAUGAUGUACACCUCAUACGGCAGAAAAUGGAAGCGCUGAUGGAUCGACAUGAGCUCGUUGAAGAAAGAUUAGCCCCAGAGUUAGAUAAAUUGAAAGAUACGUCCCGUGCAGACCUUAAAGAAGUGAGGGACAAAGUGAAGGGCCUGGAGGGGCUGCAAGAGAUGGUGAAGAACUCCCUGCGGAAUCUGACGGUGCAAGUCGAAGAACACAUGAACCUCCACCUGGAGAAAGAUUUUGUCACUCGAGAAGAGUGGCUGGAGCUCAAGAUGCAAGUGGAUCGCAACACCUCCAAAGUGGAAGAUUUGUGCAACAUCACCCAGGGGGCGCUGACCACCACGGAGCAGCUGUUGGGCGAUCUAAGCGGAAGGCUCGAUAAUCCAGAGCUCGCCUGGUUCAGCAAGUGGGCGGCAUAUGCGAACCAAUACUAUGGCCAUCUCGCAAAUGUCGCCAGGGCCUUUAAUAAGGACAAAACGGGACGAGUAGCCGAGGAUCAUGAGCAGAUCACCACGACUCAGGCUGGCACACAAAAACAUGGGACGCUGCUCAAAUUCAAGGGUGCUUCAGAUGCCCGACGAUUUCCAUUCCCCAUCGGACGUGCCAAUUCGACUCCCUCAUCAUCGAGAUCUCCUACCACGUACCAAAAUGGCGAGGAUAAUACGGGCAGCGGCCGCUCUCGGUCCCCUGCUUCCACCGACAGUCGCUCGGUAGCAUCGAGCCCUCCCCCAAAUCAAAACCAAACGGGUCUGGUUGCGAUGCUCCAAGGAACCGGUUCCUCUCAGGCUUCGGCCCAGACAAACGUGACGGUGCCCACCCAAACAGAGCAAGUCUCUGCCUUUACAGAUCGGAGCGACACAUCGGCUGCAUCAACCAUUCCGGGUCAUGAGAGGGUUACUUCUCCUGUCCACGAGAACAGCCCUUUGUCUGAAAAUUCUCACCAACCAACGCACCCAGUCCCUCCGGCAAAUCGAAAUCUAGAGCAAACUCCCGAGCACAACAUUGAGGAGGGUGAUCCAAGUAAACAAUCUCUGAGUCAGAAGAUAUCAAAGUUUGGUGGGGGUGGUGGCGGUUUCAGAAAGAGGUAG